CGAACCCUUUCUGAUCAACUUGAUUGAACCUCAAAAUCCGCACUUUACAGCCCUUUGCAUAAAGGUCGAGACCGAUCAACCCUCUAUUUUAUACAGAAAUCUACAAUACAAACUUCCCGUGAUUAGUGGGAGAAUGAACGGAGCAGCGCUGUAACCGCAAGUGAGAGAAAACCGACUGGCGACGAUUCACGAAUUGGCCGGUAGGAGAACACAACAGUUGAGAAGAUCCGGAGAGGAUAGAGAAUGGCGCCAAGGCCCGCCAUAAAAUCUCGCGAUCCGUUGUUGAACGUUGGGCUCCUGCUCAAGAGUCAAGACUUGAAUCAUGUCCCACUACCCCGGCGUUGAGGUUUACUCGUGUUUUUCCCUCCUUGCUUUUCUUCUGUUCAUAAUUCCUAGUCUUUGCGCCUGGCACUUGGAAGCACGAAACACUGCACUUCUCUGCGCGUCAGUCUGGGGCGCCAUUGGAAGCCUAAACUUCUUCAUUAAUUCCGUCGUUUGGAACGGGAGAGUGGAUAACUUUGCACCCGUGUGGUGCGAUAUUUCUUCAAAAAUUCAGAUCGGCAUGAACGUCGCAUUUCAUGCCUGCUCCUUGUCCAUGAACCGACGACUUUACUAUAUCGCCAAGGGCGAUAUUGCCGUGACUUCGGUUGAAAAGCGGCGCACAAUCAUGGUAGACUUGAGUAUCUGUGUUGGCAUUCCUGUGUUACACAUGAUCCUUAAUUAUAUUUCUCAAGAAUAUCGUUUCGACAUUCUGGAAGAUUUUGGCUGUUUCCCUUCCGAUGAUACGACCUGGGUCUCGUAUUUCUUGCUCGUCCCAUGGCCCCUUGUUAUUGUCCUCGUGUCUAGUGUGUACUCUAUUCUCAACUUGAAAGCCUUCAACCAGUACCGCAAGCGUUUUAAAGAGCACCUCUCUCAGGUUAAUGGCUUGAAUCCCAAUUUCUAUCUCCGUCUCAUGUGCCUGACCGGUACAGACAUCGUCCUCACCAUUCCCCUCAGCGUCUGGUUCGCCGCUACAAAUUCUGUCGACUUCGUCCCUUGGAUUUCCUGGGAGGAAACUCAUCACAACUUCUCCAGGAUCCAGUUUGUUCCUGCGCCGCUCUGGGAAUUUGACUCGGACCAAGUAAUGGCUUUGGAAAGUACGAGAUGGUCGGUCGUCAUGUGCGGGUUCUUGUUCUUCGGGUUCUUUGGCUUUACGACGGAAGCAAGGAAGGCGUACCGUACUUUGUUUUCUCAUAUCUGGAGGCGGUCCUUCGGACACAAGAUGUCUAACGAGGCUAUGGAACCCGACCUCGUUUUCGACUUUGCACCUUUUCAAUCCCAACAUUCAACUAUUCCCCAAAGCGGUGCUGUUCCGGUUGAGGUUUGACCAACGUCGCCUGCUCGCCGUUGAUACUAAUUAGCUCAGUAUUUCAUUCUCCCCAUUUACCUGGUGU